AUGAUUAUUUAUGGCUGAUGUACAGUAUAAAAGCAGGCAGAUUUCAUGACCGAAAGCAGACGUUGAGCCAAGCUCAAGACCUGGUCAACACUUCUCAUCGUACUCCUCAAACUUGCUCUUUUGCUCUCUUUUGCUCUCAAACUUGCAACAAUGACGAAGAUACUGCUGUGCAGUUGCCUUCUGGUGGCGGUCAUCGCCAUCAGCAAGACAUCAGAUGCGUUCUUCCUCAAUAAAGGAUCGUCUGGCCGUGCUAUGAGGUCCUAUGGCAGCGGUGGAGGCGGAGGGGGAGGCGGUGCCUACCGUGGAAGUGGCGGUGGAGGAGGUGGAGGAGGAGGUGGAUUCAGAAGUUACGGUGGGUCAUCUGGGGGCGGUGCAAGCGGCGGAUAUGGUUCAUCCGGAGGUGGUGGAUUUGGAGGCUCUUCUGGCGGCGGUGGAAGUGGCGGAUACGGAGGCUCUUCAGGAGGCGGCGGAUAUGGAGGCUCAUCGGGAGGCGGUGGAUUCGGAGGUUCAUCCGGAGGAGGUGGAUACAGAGGCCCUGCAGGAGGCGCCGGGAGCGUCGGCCCUUCAGGCGGAGGAUAUGGUGGCUCUUCAGGAGGCAGUGCAGGCGCUGGAUACGGAGGCUCAUCAGGAGGCAGCGGAGGUGGUGCAUACGGAGGCUCUUCCGGAGGUGGUGGAUUCGGAGGCUCUCAAGGCGGCAGCGGAUACGGAGCUCCGUCUGGAGGUGGUGGUUACGGAGGCUCUUCGGGAAGUGGUGGAUUUGGAGGCUCUGCUGGAGCAGGAUACGGUGGCUCCUCCGGAGGCGGUGCAAGCGGUGGAUACGGAGGUUCUUCCGCUGGCGGUGCAUUUGGAGGCUCUUCAGGCGGGAGAUACGGUGGCUCGUCCGGAGGAGGCGGAAGUGGCGGUUACGGAGGUUCCAGCGGUGGCUCCGCUGGAGUAAGCGGUGGAUACGGUGGCUCUUCCGGAGGCGGUGGAUCCGGAUUUGGAGGUUCUUCAGGAGGCGGUGGCUAUGGAGGGCCAUCCGGAGGUAGCGGAAACGGCGGAUACGGAGGUUCAUCUGGAGGCGGUGGAAGUGGUGGAUAUGGUGGUUCUUCCGGAGGCGGUGGAUUUGGAGGCUCUUCAGGAGGCAGUGGAAACGGUGGAUACGGAGAUGCCUCCUCAGGAAACGGUGGAGGAUACGGAGGCUCUUCCGGAGGCUCUUCCGGAGGCGGUGGAUACGGAGGCUCUUCCGGAGGCUCUUCCGGAGGCGGUGGAUACGGAGGCUCUUCCGGAGGCGGCGGCGGAUCGGGAGGAGGAGCUUACAGAAAAUAAAGAGAGAUGGAAGUAUAAGACAGAACAUUUAACAUUUCUACAUCUUGAUAUUGUAGUUGCUUCUUCCGAGUGACUCUCUUGAGUCUUUGCCCAUUAAUAUCUUCUGUAUCUAUAAAUACAAGUCUUUCAACGUAA